GAGUUGGCAUCUUGGGUGGCUUACGGGCCACGGGCACUAACCCUCCUUGCGCAGCUGCGCGGCCUGGAGGUCUCGGUGGACCUGCUCCGACAGACCCAACUCGGCCGCCUUGUUCGGAGAUAUCUUCACCAUGAUGAGGUCCAAGUCGUCACCGAGGCCAAAGGCCUGAUCGAGGACUGGAAACUCGUCCUCCGGGGGCAUCUGACUCGGGCCAAGGAAGCGCCAGCAGCCCCAACGAAGGUGGCUGCACUAAAGGAGUCAGAUAGUGAAGAUGUCGGUGAGUCAGGACCAAUCAGCAAGGAGGACGAAGCGCAUGGCUGGGUGCGGAAGGAGGCCUUUCACCAGUACCGUGGCAAGCGCGAGAAGUUCUGGGCCUUUACACUCCGCAGGCCCUUUGGCAACGACACCUGGGUGCUCCAGGUUCGGGUGGCGCAGCCAAAAAAUGUCACACAGGAGGUGCGGGACAAAAAGCUGGAAGAGAUCUCAGAGCUCUUGUUUCGCAUGGCCGCGGACACAGGUGCCAUUCGUCCAGACAGUUGUGAGGCCGGGGAAGACAACCUGAAGACAUUGGGACGACUGCAGCGCCUGGAGAAACGCUUCAUCGGCAAGGGAGUUACUGAGAGUGAGGCACGCAAUGCCCUCCGCCUCUUCGAGCGGGAGUUGUCCAAGGCGAACUGGACGGCAGACAAGUUCGAGAAACUGAAGAAGCAGCUGGCAGGAACGGAAGAGUGGUCUGCCGCUGAUGUGGUCGCCGAAAGCUCCAUCCGGUGGGAGCAGAACAAGCGUCGCCAGGCCUAA